AUGUCAACCGCCGAGUCCCAAGGAGAUGGCUUCAUCGUUUUGCCAGUGAAGCUUCCAGCUCUUCCCUCGUGCCCCAUCACCGCUCUUCACGAGAUUCGCGUUCGACGAAAUGCGCCCAAGAUCCCGACCGAGAUCGAUGAUCGAAGUCUCUUCCUCAAGAACGUCCCCGUAGACAGCACCGAAGCUCAUUUUCGCCAAGUAUUCAACGCACUCGUCGGUCCCGGUCGUUUCGAGGGCAUUGCUUUUGAGGAUGAUCGGAAGAAUGCCGCAGCUGUCGACCCAGUCAACGCUGCGAAGAUCAUGGGUCUGGGCAAGAAACGCAAGCGCGGCGAACAGGAAGCAGAGGAGAGAGCCAGGGAGGAAGAAAUUGCACGACUUCCCGAGACUUGGACGAGGAGACUGCGGAAAAGCGGUAGCAGCGCCAUCGUUCUUUUCGCCGAUGAGAAGAGCGUCGAGCUCGUGCUCAAGGCUAUAAAGAAAGCGAACAAGACGACGAAGUUCCCUGUCUGGGGACAAGGUGUUUCCGAAGAUGAGCCCGAGCUUGGAUCCGAAUGGGUCUCUGCACACAUCCAGCUGUCCCGCUGUGACAAGGCGGCAACGCAGAAGUCGGUCCACGCCUUCUUCAACGUUUUCAACCGCAAGGAGAAGGAAGCGGCGGAGAUGGCCAAGAGGUUGCGCAACGAGCCAGAUGAGGACGGCUUCGUCACAGUUGUCCGCGGUGGACGUGUCGCUCCGGCCAACAAGAACGAGGCCGAGGAAGCCCGACAGAAGAUGGUUGACAGGGCCUCGAAGAAGAAGGACGAGACCACGGACUUCUACCGCUUCCAGCUGCGCGAGCGUCGCAAGGCUGAACAGGCAGCUAUGCUGAAGAGAUUCGACGAGGACAAGAAGAAGGUUGAUGCUAUGAAGGAGAAGCGCGGCAAGUUCAGGCCCGAAACAUGA